AUGGCCAAGAAGGGAGGAGUUCAGCAGCUGCAGACGGAGAUCAACUCGGACGAUGAGUUCGAAAAGUUUCUGGAACGGGACGGCCUACUGGUGAUGGACGUGUACACGGAAUGGUGUGGCCCGUGCGUAGGCAUGAUUGGCAGUUUGAAGAAGAUCAAACUCGAGCUCGGUGGAGACAAUUUGCAGCUGGCCAUCUGCAAAUCCGACGAAAUUACGGCCCUCAAACGAUUCCGGAACAAAAGUGAACCCACGUGGCUUUUCUCUUCGCACGGUAAAAUUGUGAAUCUCAUGUUUGGCACGAACGUGCCAAAGCUGAUCAACCUGAUCACGGAGGAACUGGACCUGGAGCUGAAGUGCCGGGCGGGCGAAAUCGAACGUUCUUACUACGAGCUGUGGGAGCUAACUCCUGACGAGCAAGAGCGGGAGGACGUGCGGCAGGAGCGUGAAGAGGAGGUGGCCAGGAUCGAGCGGGAAGCGGCCGCCAAGAAGCGGAUCGACUACAUCACGCACGUCACGGACGAGAUUAUGGCGAACAUACCGGACAUGGGCUGCUCGCUCUUUAUGCCGCACGUCCACAAGGACGUGUUCAAAAAGCUGCACGAUCACGCCGAGAAGCACGAUCUGCACAUGAAGGAGAAACGCUUGGUCCACCUGAACCCGAAGAUGCUCGAGAUACUGCACUUUGAGUGCGAAAACCCGAUGGCGGACGAGGUGUUUGAGCAGCUCUACUACAAGGACAUCCAGGCGUACGUGUGGAAGCUGAACGAUGGCGAAACGCGCCCACCGGAGGAAGUGAUUGGCGCUUACAUAAAGAUCAUCACCGAGCCGGUAGAGGUGCUGGACGCGGACGGGAACGUGGAGAAGGUGAUCCCGCGCAUGAUCGAUCAACUCGAGAUGCUGUACAACGCAAACGAUGACACGUGGAAGGCGGUACCCAAACUGCCACCGCAGAAGAGCGGCAGCUCGAUCGCCACCACCACCUCGUCCGAUUCGUCGCAGAACGCAUCGAAGGAAACGUUUGACGAGGAAGCGUGCAGGAGACUGUUCGUUCCCGGCGUGUGGACACCGAGCAAUCGACGGGCGAAUGCAGCCCUCUUCUAUCUGCUCUUUCGGCACCUAACGGAACACUUCCUGCCACCGGAUCCGGUACCGGAACCGCCGCACAUCUGCAUGGUUUUCGAUGCGUACAAAAAGCGGGACGUGCUGGAGGUGGCGAUGAACGAAAAGUACAAGACGCAGGUCAUGGCGUUCGGCUACUUUACUACGGGUGACCCGAAGACGGCCGAACUGAUUGCCAAAUCCACCGAACGGUACCUCACCAAGAAGCCGAACGUGAACGACAAGCUCAUCAUGAAGGUAUCGAAGGCAACGAGCCACGCCAUGCUGGCCCUGACGGCGAUGGGUCCGUGCUACGUGAGCCAGAAUGCCGUCGAAGGUCAGGAAGAGUGUGCGACCCUGUUCCCGCCCAACUACAACUUCGUCGAGGAGGAAAACGAAACGGGCGAGGUGGAGAAGAAGAAGCACAAAAAGAAACGGCGCGGCAAGAAGGGCGACAGUUCAUCGACGACGACCGUCGAUUCGGCCGUUUCGACGACACCGUCGGCGGAACCGGGAGCCGACGGGCAGAGCGAACUGGGCACCAUUGGGGAAGGAUCGACCGGCGAGGAGGGUGAGACAACGUCCUCGUCACAAAACUCACCGGAAAAGACGGGCGGAGAUCCGGAGGAAGGUACUGCAACGGCCGGCGGUGGCACUUAA